ACGGCUACACGCAUUAACAACAAAAGCCAACAACAUUAACACCGACGCACGAGCGAGUGUGAAGAGACCGAGGAUGCGACCAAGACAGUUCGGGGAGGCGCGCGAUGUCCGGGCCUGACUUGGAGACGUUUUGUUGGGACUGUCACAGUUUCAGUGCGCGGUCGCAACAAAGCGAAAAGCGCACCCAGCACACACCCCUCAAAAAGUGAUUUAAAUUGACAAUCGACGCGCUGUUAGAAUUUUAUUUUUUAUUAAAUGUUCCCAAAAAUAUAGUCUGCCGUCUUGACAACAAUGACCCGUUUAGGGUUCUGCGGGGUUCACGCUUUUGGACGGGGAGUCUCCUCUCCCGUUCACCUCUUCAUCGCACUUCUGACGGUCCUGGGCACCUGGGGAUCAUCACACGAACCAGAGAGGCGGGAUCUGCCCCAGUAUGAAGUGGUUCACCCCACCCGAGUGGAUGCCAGAGGUCACUUCCUGUCCAACUUCCUGUCUCACCAUGCUCGCCGUGUACAGCGGCGGGAAGCCUCCGAGGGACCGGCGGACACGGAUCGGGUUUUCUACCAGCUGUGGCACGGCGGCCACAGUUUGCACUUUAACCUCACGCUCAACCCACACCUGCUGGCUCCAGGCUUCCUGACGGAGAGGAGGUACGGCGGCCUGCACGGCACCCAGAUCCGCCCCGCCGGGUCCUCCCGGUGCUAUUUCUUAGGUGAGGUGCGGGGCGAGGCCGUCGGUAAAGGAAGCGCAGCCAUAAGCACCUGCGAUGGACUGACGGGACUGUUCAAGUUGUCCGGUGAAGAGUUCUUCAUUCGCCCUCUGGAGAAGUCGAGCGACGACACCUCGGAGCCUCAGUCCCACGCCAUCUACAAACGGCAAGCGGCCCCUCCCCCCCGGAGUCCAGUGGUACAGCCCGUCUCGGGGAAACAACCGCUCAACGGUACCUGUGGAAUCACAAAUUCCCAUCAAGGUUCCAAAGACAUUGAGAGGCAACGAGAGCGGUGGGAGCAGCGGCAGCAGAGACGGAGGAAGAGAAUCCGCCAACGCUCAGUUAGCAAAGAGAAGUGGGUGGAAACGCUGGUGGUGGCCGACGCCAAGAUGGUGGAGCAUCACGGGAGCAAAGCUGUGGAGAGUUACGUCCUGGCUGUCAUGAAUAUUGUGGCGGGUCUGUACCGAGAUCCCAGUAUUGGAAACGCAAUCAACAUUGUGGUUGUUCGACUCAUCCUCCUGGAGCAGGAUGAGGAUGACCUAAAGAUCACGCACCAUGCCGACAACAGCCUGAACAGCUUCUGUAAGUGGCAGAAGAAGCUCAACAUGAAAGGAGAGGAGCACCCGCUGCACCACGAUGUCGCAGUUCUGCUCACCAGGAAGGACAUCUGUGCAGCCGCCAACGUGCCGUGUGAGACGCUGGGUCUGUCCCAUGUGGCGGGAAUGUGCCAGUCACAUCGCAGCUGCAGCAUCAGCGAAGACACCGGCCUGCCGCUGGCCUUCACUGUGGCGCACGAGCUGGGACACAACUUUGGGAUUCAGCAUGAUGGCAACGGUAAUGACUGUGAACCAAUUGGGAAACGACCUUUCGUCAUGUCUCCACAGCUCCUGUACGGCACCUCCCUGCCCAGGUGGUCACGCUGCAGUCGCCAGUAUAUCACCCGCUUCCUCGAUCGAGGCUGGGGCUGGUGCCUCGACGACAUCCCCAUAAAGGACGAGCGCUCUCUGGACUCAGUGCUGCCCGGGGUUCUGUACAGCUCUGCCCAUCAGUGUCGGCUGCAGUAUGGAUCCGGGUCCCUGCUCUGCGACGACAUGGACAAUGUGUGCAGCACCCUGUGGUGCACUGUGGGAACAACCUGCCACUCAAAGCUGGACGGGGCUGUGGACGGGACCCGUUGUGGGGAGGACAAGUGGUGUUUCAGUGGAGAGUGUGUGGCAGUUGGAUAUCAGCCAGAGGGUGUGAGCGGUGGCUGGGCGUCGUGGAGCGAGUGGUCGGCGUGUUCGAGGACGUGUGGGGUCGGAGUCCGGAGUGCCCACAGAGACUGUGAUGACCCCGUUCCGAUGCACGGAGGGAAGUAUUGUUUGGGAGAGAGACGGAGGUACAAGAUCUGCAACACCAGCCCGUGUGCUCGUGACCUGCCCACCUUCAGAGACAUCCAGUGUGGUCACUUCAACACCGUGCCAUACAAGGGCAGGUUCUACCAGUGGGAAGCGGUCAUCAACAGAGUCAGCCCUUGUGAGCUGCACUGCCGUCCACUGGCUGAACAUUUCUCUGAUAAGAUGCAGGAGAACGUCGCCGACGGGACGCCGUGCUACAAAGGCAACAAAAGCAGAGAUGUGUGCGUGAAUGGCAUCUGUAAGAAUUUAGGCUGUGACUAUGUGAUCGACUCCAGUGCCAUCCAGGAUCGCUGUGGCGUGUGUCAUGGUAACGGCUCUACCUGUACAACUGUGAGGAGAAUGUUUGAGGAGACCGAAGGACUUGGCUAUGUCGACAUUGGGCUGAUCCCAGAGGCAGCCUGGGACAUCCGCAUCGAGGAAGUGGCGGAAGCCGGGAAUUUCUUGGCGCUACGAAGUGACAACCUCGAGAAGUAUUUUCUGAACGGGGGCUGGACGAUUCAGUGGAACGGCGAGUACAAGGCAGCCGGGACGGUAUUCACCUACAAGAGGACAGGACACCUGGAGAACCUGACGGCUCCGGGGCCCACCAUGGAGCCACUGUGGAUUCAGCUUCUCUUUCAGGAGAGCAAUCCAGGAGUGCGGUACGAGUACACAAUUAGUCGAAAUGUCUCUGAGAACAACGUCUCUGUGUCCGUUUUCUUCUGGAAAUAUGGUUCAUGGACUGAAUGCAGUGUGACCUGUGGAACAGGUGUUCAGAGGCAGAUUGUUCACUGUGUGGAAAAGACAACUGGGAUAGUGGAGGAGCACUUCUGUGAUCCGUUAACGCGGCCCGACGAUAACCGAACCAGCUGCAGCAAGGCUCCAUGUCCGGCCAUAUGGUGGGUUGGGGAGUGGCACAAAUGCUCGGCGAGCUGCGGGAGCUUGGGCCUGACCAAAAGGACGGUGCUCUGCACCCAGGCAGUGAGUGCUGAGGAGCGGGAAGCCCUGCAGCCCAGUGACUGUGAACACAUCCCCAGACCUGAGUCCCUCUCCUCCUGCAACACACACAUCCCCUGCCCAGCAGACUGGACCACGGGCAGCUGGUCAAAGUGUUCGCUGACUUGUGGAAGCGGAGUGCGUCGCCGUAACGUCACCUGCUCCAGGAACACGGGCGUCGACUGCGACCCCCACAAGAAGCCCCUCGCCGUGACUCCCUGCCACGCCCAGGACUGUCCACAAGUCGUAGAUAAUUUUGGAGACUUCAACUGGUCUGGAAGUGGCUGGUCGAGCAAAGAAGUGCUCAAUGAAAUUAUCUCCAUACCUAAAGUCAAAGCGGCCCCCAAACACAGCACCACCAGAGCCCAGCCAAGAAGUAGUAACAAUCACCUCAACAACAUCGUGGAGGGAGAUUUUCACUAUCACAAUAACCUUGAGGAUAACGUCGACCACGCUCCGGAAAACGGCGUCGAAGUUGACGAUUUCUACUACGACUAUAAUUUUAUCAACUUCCACGAGGACUUGUCGGAUGACUUUGACGACGAUAGAAAAGGUUCGGAGGCCGAGCCAACCCGCGGAGCUAAAGAAAAUGAAACUACAAAAGCCCCCUUGGACAUUUUUACAUAUCCAAAGGCCACCGCCUACACUUUGAAGACUGAAGAGCCACAGAACACAAAUCUGGAUGAUACAAAGGACAAUGGAAAUGCGGCAACAAACGAGUCGAUGCAAACACAUUUAGAAGAUUUGGAUGACCUUCUGUCUGAGGAUUAUCUUCUGCCCGUGUCUACCACUCGCUCACCGCUGUUCUCAACAUCUGAUUCACAAACACCGAAAGAGAGACGUGAGGAGGAUUUGUCGUGGCCUCAAAUCCUGAGCACGACGUCUCGUCUGGUUUCCACAACGGAAGAGCCGACGACACACCACGUGAAAUGGAAGCCGUAUGGAGAGGAGACUGGAAACAACUCUGACAUUUUCACUGACGAUGUCACCGUGACUCCUAAACACGUCUCUUCAGCUCCCGCGCACGGAACCGUCGUCGAUGCCGCUGUCGUUACAAACGUGAGAGCUCAGACAGAAGGGGAACGUGAUGAUUACAGCUACAAUGAAAAUGUCACGCUCGGUCCGGAUAUCUCUGCAGACCAGGAAGAUGUAGAGAGUCCAGAACCUGUUGGCUCUCCCACGCCAGCAACUAUAAUUCAGGUUCAGACCGAAGUCCGGCUGGAAAAAAGUGCUUCGAAAAUACCACAAACAUCCAGUCAAUCAACAACCGCCUUCACAUUGGAGGAUCUAGUCCCAGCUUCCACCACGAGCGAGGGUAAUUCAUGGGAUACAGACCUUGACCUCGGCACAACCUCACUUCCGGCCUCUGAGGCAUCCACUCCUCUCCCUGCAACCUUUCGACUAAACUCCGGUAAUGAAGAGGCCUCUGAUGACUUCACACCUUUAACUGGAACAGAAAUCCCACCACCCGCAAACCAAGAGGAAACCGCUCCACCUGAUUACCCGCCAGCGACAGGGAAACGGAUACCGACACAUCCCCCAUCCACCGAAAGACCCGGAACGCAUUCCGCAUCGCGAGCACCAUCGCCUGAUUCGGCCGAUUUUGACUACAACGACAUAAGCGUUCCCUCGAUCGUGAGCAGCAGCACCGAUCCGGGCCCCUCCUACCGGCUUCCGACAAACGCGGUCACCGCUCCUCAGCGCGGCACUGCACCAGGACGACUCAUGGAAGAGCCCGCGCCCGCCGGGCCCAUUCUGCCGACCCAGCCACCUGUUCGGUGGCCGCUUCCGGUGCCGACGUCCGCCCCAACUUCAGCCUCCGCACGAGUCACUUCCGCCGCCUUCUGGGUCACCGGCAACUGGAGCGCUUGCUCCACCAGCUGUGGUCUGGGUGCCAUCUGGAGGACUCUGGCGUGUCGUACUGGCCUGGACUCUGACUGCGAUCCGGCCAAGAGGCCCGCGCCAGCCCAGCGGUGUUACCUGCGUCCGUGCUCCACAUGGAAAGUAGAGGAAUGGACUAAGUGUUCCAAGAAUUGUGAAGGCGGCUUUAAAUCACGAGAGGUUCAGUGUUUCGACUUGCGGGAUCAAAGGCUCCUCCGACCUUUCCACUGCCGGGCCAUGUCCUCCAGGCCACACAGGCAAAUGACCUGUAACCUUCAGGCGUGCCUCGACUGGUACACCUCCUCCUGGGGACAGUGCUCUGAGGUGUGUGGGGGAGGUGAGCAGCAGCGUAUGGUAACCUGUCCAGAGGAAGAACGAUGCGACGAGGACCUCCAGCCCAGCAACAUCCAAUCAUGUAAUAGCCAGCCAUGUGCUCAGUGGCUUACUGGAUCAUGGGGACAGUGUUCGGCUCAUUGCGGCGGCGGAGUCGAGCAUCGACUCAUCAAAUGUGUGAACACGAAGGCUGAGACGGGCGAAGAAGUGGAUCAAGCUCAAUGUGACCAUGAGCGACACCCUGAGAGCACCCAGAAGUGUAACCUACAGGAGUGCGAGAGCGCCCCCUCUGGAGCGCUUUGCCUUCGUGACCGGCUGACGUUUCGUUUCUGCCAGACGCUGCGCUGGCUCGGCCGAUGCCACUUGCCCAACGUACGAGCUCAGUGCUGCAGGGCGUGCAGCCAGCACUCCCCCCGCCCCGGCAGCAGAGUCAUCGCUCAUCAACAGGAACACUGAUGGGCGGGAAGACAAAUUCAUCUUUUCAACACAACAAUCUGAGCCGUUGACUGAUUUCUUUCACCACUAUACAGACCAAUUAGAAAUUAGUCCAACUCCAAAACGCUGCGUGUUUAUGCCGGCGGUAUUAAUAUACGGGUCUGAGGAAAUAGCAAAGCAGCACCUCUCUCUCUCUCUCUCUCUCUCUCUCUCAGCAAAAAAAUGAGAACGUAAAUAUUUGUUUCUCGUUUUUCUUUGAUACAGUUUGACCAGAAUGUCCUUUCAGUCAUCUUUUGUAAAAGAUGUGGCCCGACAUUAGGGAUUUUCAAGCGAUGUAGUCGGCUUAUUAAUGCAUUAUUACACAUGUAGAUACAUCACUCAUUAACCUUCAUGGUUGGUACAAUGCUUUCAUUUUAUUGAUAGCAGCAUAAAUUGAACAGAUUAAAACAAACAGCUAAGCCUAUACAAUUUUCGUUGUGUUUUUUUAUAAUGUAGUACAAAUGUUAGGUGUUGCAUAAAUGCAUCAUGUGACACUAAAUAAUUGACCAUUUGCUAAGCUCCUCGCCCCCUUAGUUACUGUUGCUACACCUGUCAAGCUUUUUGACCUCUCAGAUCUACCAUUUUAAAUUGCAGUAAUUGUUGAAACACUAGCAGCCUCACAUAAACACUUCUUAGCUGGAAGAGUGGAAGAUCAGUAUGCCUCUGUGUGUAAGAGGCUUCUUUUUUUUCUUUUUCUUUAAAGCAAUCAAUUUUCACAUGUUGCUUUUAAAACAUUGACUAACGUACUCUUUUCGUCCAGCAUCUGUACACACGAGCAACACGGGAAACCAGACGCACCGUAGUUACAUCUCACACAGUUGGAAUGAUGCAGAUUUAUAAUGUACUUUUAAUGUGUAUUACAAAUAUAUUACACGUGCCUUUAUAUAUUUAUAUAUAUAUUUAUUUAUAUAUAUAUAAAUGUUUAUAUAUAUAUUUAUAGAUAUACAUAUAUAGAUAUAUAAUGUAUAAAAGGGCUAUUUUUUAUGUUGUAAAGUAUGUUUUUAUUUUUUGAAGUUUACAGGUUAACGCUGGGAACAUGAAUUGUAAGAAACGUUCAUAUGCUUAUUUCAGUCGGCUCAAAAUCAAAUCCAUUUUAAAUUCUCAGGAUUCAAUUACUCAUACGAUAGGCCCCUCCCUCCUUGGUCACCGGCAGUAUGGCGGCUAAACGAGCUUCUUGCUGAUUUCCUCCAUUCAACAGCCCUAACAUUUUCAAUUAACGGAUAGAAUAAACCCCAUCGGACAAGGUUUUUGAGCAGGUUUUUAAUCAUUUUGUAGGUUCCACUGUUAUGCUGCACUUAAUAACAUUACAAUGUGUCUCCUGUCAGGGAGCAUUAUGCGACUAAAUCAAUUCGAUUUGUAUGCACUGCUGAAGUCACACAUCAGCUUUAUCAGAACCAGCGAACAAGGGAGGCUCUUUCUCAAGAGAAAAGAUGCUCUAGCUCUCCUGAUUGACAGUUCUAAGCGGUUCAUGCGAUCACUUCCCAGCCUUCAAGUUUUUAUCAGUCGGCUCUGAUCAUCUGGAGGGUCCGGUUCGCUCUUUGGGCCCCACUGAGGUCGAUCCGGCUGUUUUUAUACUCGGGAGCCACUGAGUAAACUUUCCUAUGAGAAAUGGAAUUCCAUUUCCGAACAUAUUGCAGGGAUUAUGCAUGCCUUUCACUUCUUGGACUUAUUUCUGCUCCGUUUCUGUGUUUAGAGAAGUACUGAUUGUUGAUUUCCAGGCAUAAAAUCAAGACUCGAGCCAAAAACGGCUAUUAAAGCAAUCGGUUGGCGAACCACAAUCCCACUGUCAAUUACAUGUGAUAGAAAAUAACUGGUAUUCAUGUAUUAAUCAUAGAUGUGUAUUUUUAUAUACUGUGAUUUGUACUGCAAAAUAUAACUUGGGGAGGGGGGGGGGGUCCCUUCAGUAAAUGAAUGUUCACGAAUGUCAAAUGCCGGACAGUUUAGGCCUCUUGAGACGACAGAAACAGCUGAAACUGUCGAGAAAUAAAAACAGUUUCCACAGAAAAAAAGAUUCAAACACGGCUUUAAUUACACAAGUUUAAUGUGUUGGCAGUUGACAAUCUACAUUGCAUUUUAUUGGGUGGCGGCUUAACACAUUAAUGUGAUCCCAUCAACAGAUAGCAUGGCAAAUAAUAUCCUAUAUUGCUUCACAAUGUGUUCAGUCAUAGAGGAAAAGCUUCUGAAAGCGGUUUAAUUAAAGAAUCGUGGAAUAAUCAUGGGGAAAGAAAAAAACAACGGGAAGGAUGUCUUCAGCCGGGACAGAAUCGCCCGUUUCAAACAUCACGUGAUUUCUGCAAAAACCGUCAAGUUAAAUGUGUGCGAAGUCAACUUGGAAAG